UUGAAAGUCUUGUCUUGGUGUGUGCUCUUUAUAAAAGUCAGUUCAACUCCCUCUGGUUUUAGGGUUUCAGAUUUGUAAUUGAAAGAAAAAACACACAAAAUCCCCAAAAUUCUUAUUUAUUUAAUUAUUUCUACUAAUACAGUGUAUCAAAACUGAGAUAGUGAUAUAUAAAUUGUAUAUUAAUCAAUAAUAUAGUGAUAUUAAUGUAUGGCUUCACAAGUUAACAACUUUUCUUUAGCAGAAUUAAAUUGGCAGAAGAAUCAUCCCCAGCUCAUGUCAGGCUUAGACCAUCAAAAAGAUUCAGGUAAUAGUGAUUUUGGAAGAGAUGUUGCAGUUGGAAACAAUGGUUUUCAAGAUUUUGCGGAGGCGAAGACUUGGAAUUUUAGGCCUCGGAAACCUUUACGCAGGCUGAGUAAUGGGAACGAUGGAGCCGGACAUGAGAGUAAAGCUGAAACUAGGCAACAGUUGGAUGUUAUUACUAAAACUCAUCAAGUCAAGAAGGAGAAAAGGCAGAAGUUUUCAGUCUUGCUUACGCACGAAGAAAUUGAAAAUGAUAUCUUUUUAAUGACUGGAGGAAGGCCGUCAAGAAGACCUCGAAAGCGAGCCAAGACUGUCCAGAAACAGCUAGAUAGCCUGCUUCCUGGUUCAUGGUUAUCAGCGGUAACUCCUGAUUGUUAUAAAGUUCAUGACCCUCCCAUAAAGGGUUAAGUACGAUAGGAGUAGUCAUCCUGCGCUGAUAAGAUGAUGGAUGACAAAUUUCUAAAGUGCAUUUAGAGGUAUAGCCAGUCAUAGAUAAUAAAAGUGAAAGAAAUGUUAAGUUUAACUUGUUUUUCUUUCUCUUUUAUUUUUCACCUGAUAGGUAGAUUAAUAGGAAAAAGAACAUUAGGUUCAUUCAUCUGACAGAUUGUUGCAGUUGUACAUAUGGAUGAUAUAGUUAUUAGAGUUUAGUAUCUCCUACCUGAUUUAUAAUAAUCUUCAAAUGCUAAUGUUGUGAGAACCAUUGUGCGAGAACUCAAAAAGUGAAGUGUCAUUUGAUUAGGUAAUGUAUUGUAAUAUGUACGAAAAUAUUGAUACACAUUCACCUUCUAUUUACCUUUAUCUAAUACCCUGCGUUGUUAAUA